AUGCCAGCCCAGCAGAAGAAAGUCAUUUUUUGUGUAGCUGGGUUAUUGAGCUUUGCUUGUGCUCUAUGCAUCGCAGCAGCUAUCGGGACUCAAUUGUGGAUAAAAGGAACAAUACUCUGCAAAACUGGAGCCUUGCUCGUCAAUGCUACAGGACAAGAACUGGAGAAGUUUAUUGGUGAAAUUCAGUAUGGGCUUUUCUAUGGGGAGCGUGUUAGACAAUGCGGGCUCGGAGGGAGACCUUUUCAGUUUUCAUUUUUUCCAGAUCUGCUCAAAAUUAUACCUGCAAGCAUCCACGUUAGUGUCAUUCUCUUCUGUACAGUCCUGAUUGUCUUUGCUCUGAUUGGAACUGGAUUCUUCAUGUACAAUGCAUUUGGCAAUCCCUAUGAAACUCUGCAUGGUCCAGUAGGGUUAUACCUUUGGAGCUUCAUUUCCUGGUCUUGCAGCUGUCUCAUCAUGAUACUAUUUUCUUCAGAAGUCAAAAUUCAUCACCUCUCUGAGAAAAUUGCAAAUUAUAAAGAAGGAAAUUUUAUAUUUAAAACUAACAGCGAACAAUUUGCAAAUUCAUUUUGGAUCAUCCUAGUUUGCUCCUUAGUGCAUUUCCUGAAUGUCUUACUAAUAAGGCUUGCUGGAUUUAAUUUUCCUUUUUCAAAAUCUAAAGAUUCAGAGACAGUAACUGGAGCUGUUGAUCUCAUGUACUAGAAUUAAAUGCAUUUUUAAACAACAUUUCAAGCAACUUUUUUCAGCCUCACCCACAUUGAC